AUGAACCACGGAAACCACCUCGCCCACCUCGUCCACCGCCAAAUCCGCCGCGACCGCGCGGCGCGCCCCUCGGUGCACCACGUCCCCCGCCGCCUCCUCGUCCACCACCAAAGCCGCCACGGCCACCACCAAAGCCGCCGCGUCCACCGCCACCAAAGCCACCGCGAUCUCCUCCCCAUGCUCCUCCACGACCACCGCGCCCUGAUGGGCCGCCCCGACCACGCCCACCACCGAAGCCGCCCCGACCACCUCUUGGCUUUUCUGUAUGAGUCCACAGUUAGUCGGAGCCUGCACAAAAGCUGA